CACUGUUCUAGCAGAAAAUGUGCGACAAAACACUUGAAAAAACUCUCCAAAAAUUUCUUAUCACACUUUUCAGGCAUUUUCAUUGAAGUCUAUGGGGACACAAACACUCAAUUAGCUCAUUUGAAUUAUUUACCGUAUGUGCAACAAUCACAAACGUGGCAAAAACAUGGCAAAAACACAAUACAUGCUUUUCUGCAGCAUUUCCAUUGAAGUCUAUAGAAACAAAAAUGCAACUUUUUGCAAGCAAAACAGUCCCUGACCCUUUCCAAAAAACACAGUGGGUGAAAACAC